AACAAAGGGAACUUAGGAUAUGGAUGGCUACUGUCUGCUUGGUUCUUUUUACCGUACAAUACUUUUGGUUCCUCUCUAUCACCAACAAUAGCUGCCGGAGGGUACAUACCACAGUCAGCACCUUCACAGAGCAUAUUGCUCAGCAGACGCCUCCUUCUCCCCGCACCAUAUAUGUGAUCACCGCCACCUAUCGGAGACUCGAACAGUUAGCCGAGCUCACACGUCUCUCGCAGACCUUGCGGCUGGUCCCCGCACUUGUGUGGAUCCUCGUGGAAGACGCCACUGAGAAGACUGCGGCAGUAGAGAAGCUCCUUCUGAGGUCGGGACUUUCCUUUGUUCACCUUUUGGCACCCAUGCCAGAAAUUAUCAAGAAAGGAGUAAAGGAAAAAGCAAAACGGCCUCGCGGAGUGUCCAAUAGAAACCGAGGGCUGAAAUGGUUGAGAGCCAAUGCUACUUCGGGGGUAUUCUACUUCGCAGACGACGAUAACACUUAUGACAUUAAGCUCUUUGAAGAGAUGCGAGAUACAGAAAAAGUGUCAAUGUGGCCUGUUGGAUUACUCAAUGGAGGGUUUGGGACACCAGUCGUGAGGCAAGGAAAGUUCGAGGGCUUCUACUCCGGCUGGCCUGGGAGGAGAAGUUUUCAAGUGGACAUGGCAGGAUUUGCUGUGAGCGUGGAAUUCCUCCUUCAGAGGCCGAAAGCUCGAAUGCCAUAUAAAGUUGGGUACGAGGAAGAUUUCUUUUUAAGAAGUCUUAACCCUCUCAAGCCAUCGGAUAUUCAAUGGAAAGCAACGAAUUGUACAGAGAUAUUGGUGUGGCACACGCAGACGAAGACACCCAGCCCACAAAGACCCAUCGAUCUGAAUCUCUAUAACGGCACUAAUAUCCCGAUACUGUUCAAUAAUCUCUAAUCUACUUGUCUACUUAAGUCUACUUUUCAUAUUAAACCAAUUGACAUGUA